AUGAAAAUGGAGUUUCACUAUUUUCUAAAGAUGUAAGAAUUGAUUUAAUAAACCCUGUCAUUUUAAAUAUUUUGUAUAUCUUUAAGUGAGCCAAUUUUUAAAUUAUUUAAGAUUUAAGGGGUUUUAUACAAAAUUUUGAUUUUCCCUCUUGAUUCAAAUUAUUUAAAGUUUAAUCUACUUCUUAAGUGCAAAGAGAUUAAAUGUUUAAAGGAUGAUCUUUUUCAUAAUAGAAACGUAUUAAAGUCAGUCUAUAAAAAUUAUUUUGUUUUUACAAUAUAAUAAAAUAGAAAUGAUAUUGACCUACCUUUUGCUCACAGAUUAUGGGAAAACAUAUUAAUUAAAUCAUUUCCAAUAAUGAAAUAAUUUAUGGAAUAUGCUACUGUAAGUAUAAAUAUUACAGUAGUAAAGUUUAGAGAUAAUUAUUUGAUUAUUUUGGAAUUUUUUGUCUAAUGUAGUAGGUUUAUCCAAAUAUGA